AUGCCAACAUCCGAGAUUUCCCAACGCGCAGCCAUUGUAGCUCUCAAAGCCACAGGAAAAUCACCAAGUGAGAUCUGUGUGAUUACUGGGACAUCGGCGCGCACAGUCAAUUCAAUCUAUACGCGCGCAAUAAGCCGAGGCUUCAAUCCGAAUGUCCGACCGCUCGAGCUCCAUGAUUCUUAUUUCAUCGAUGCAGUUCGCUCUGGCCGACCUACUAAACAGACUGAUGAGCUCAGAGAUAAUAUUCUUGUCAAAUUCACCGGCCCGGGGCCAGUCAAUGAGAAAUCUUGUGUUGUUAUUGCCCAGCAGCCGUCCGCUGAGGGCACCAAUAUCUCGCAUUCUACUGUUCGAAGAAUUCUCUCGAAUGUGGAAGCCGAGAAGUAG